AUGGCCAAUUCCUCCUGUGUUACUGAGUUCCUACUGCUGGGUUUCUCCAGCCUUCGGGAAUUACAGCUCAUCCUCUUUGUGGCCUUUCUCUGCCUCUAUUCAGUCAUCUUGAGUGGAAACUUCACUAUCAUCGCAGUCAUCCGCUCAGAUCGCAGCCUCCACACGCCCAUGUACUUCUUUCUGUGUGUCCUUUCGACCUCUGAGACCUUCUAUACAAUUGUCAUCCUGCCCAAGAUGCUUCUGAACCUGCUCUCUGUGUUCAGGACCCUGUCCUUCACGAGCUGUGCUGCCCAGAUGCUCUUCUUCCUUGGCUUUGCUGUCACCAAUUGCCUGCUGCUGGGGGUGAUGGGUUAUGACCGCUAUGCUGCCAUCUGCCGGCCUCUGCACUACCCCAUCCUCAUGAGCUGGACGGUGUGUGGACAGCUGGCUGCAACUUGUAUCGUUGGGGGCUUCCUCGUAUCUCUGGUGGGAACAGCUCUGGUCUUUAGCCUCCCUUUCUGUGGCUCCAACAAGGUCAACCACUACUUUUGCGAUAUUGCACCAGUCAUCCAACUCGCCUCUGCUGAAACCUACGUCAAUGGACUGAUCAUCUUCAUCUGUGGGGUCUUGGUGCUUGUUGUGCCCUUGAUCUUCAUCUGCAUCUCCUACGGCUUCAUUGUCCAUACCAUCCUGAAGAUCCCGUCGGCCGAAGGCAAGCGAAAAGCCUUCUCCACCUGCGCCUCCCACCUCAUUGUGGUCGUCGUCCACUAUGGCUGUGCCUCCUCGGUCUAUCUGAGACCCUCAGCCAAAUACAUAUCAGGCGAAGACAAGCUGGUGACAGUGACCUACACCAUCAUCACCCCACUGUUGAACCCGAUGGUGUAUAGCCUUAGGAACAAAGAAGUACAGUGGGCCAUUCGGAAAAUGAUUGGGAAGACUGGGCUUUCACUUAAGGCUUUGUAA